CUCAUGUGCAGUAUAGACGACUCGGAAGUGUUGUUAAUGUCUGUAACACGUAUCGAAAGCGAGUGUGCUUUACAAUUCAGUCUGCAUCUGAAGGGAUUGUUGUUGCAGCACAUUGGAGGGUUAUUGAGUUUGGGCCCCUCAACAUGUCCACCGGUUACCAGGAGGAGGAGGAGUAUGAAGACGAGCUGUACCGGGAAGACGAAGGCUCCUUGUCUUCGGGGGCUGAAAGUGAGGCAGAAGUUUGGCUCUAUAGCCAGCUGCACUACUCCACCGGCCUGGGACAGAGGGAGGAAGAGGAUGACGGUGAGGAAGGGCAGCGGCGGGGGGAGACGGGAGACGAGGAAGGGGCCUGCCCUGCAGCGGGCCGGGAUCCCAACACACAGCGGAGCCCGGGACAGCAGUGGAGCUCUGACAGGGACUCGGACCCGGACCCGGAUUCUGACGGAGUGGAGAGCUGGAUGAUCCUGGAUGGGGAGGAGCAAGAAGGAGACUGCAACAUCCUGCUCAAUGUGGAAGUCAGGGGUAGCAGCAGCAGCAGCAGCAACAGUUCUGCAGAAGAUGGAAACAAUGCUCACGACUGGACAGUUUCCGAGAAGGACAUGGAGGCUCAGAUUGGCAGCCGAUGCCCCUCCCUGCAACGUACAUACCGCUACUACAACGCCACCAAGAGCGUCGCAUGCCAGAACUGCAGGAGGACUGGCCAUUUCUCCAGGGACUGCCCUGGUCCAAAGAAGCGCCCGUCCUGCUUGCUGUGUGGGGACGAGGGGCACCUCCAGCACGCAUGCCCCCACAGAUACUGCCCCAACUGCUGCCUGCCCGGCCACGGGUUCGAGGACUGCCUGGAGCUGGCCUACUGGCACAAGCGCUGCCACCGCUGCGGCGUGGCCGGCCACUUCCACGACGCCUGCCCAGAUAUCUGGAGACAGUAUCACCUCACUACCCAGACAGGAACUCUGGUGAAGCCCGACCGCAUGGAUGCCCACAGGAACUCAGCAUACUGCUACAACUGUGCCAGAAGAGGACAUUUUGGCUUUGCGUGCAGCCAGAGAAGGAUGUCCAGCGGAAUCUACCCCAACGUCCCGUACGUCUCCCGCUACGACUCGACACAAGAUGUCUGCCAGAGGGACAGCCGGGUGCAGAAGAAAGCGAAAGAGUUGCAGGACGCUGGCCUCCUGGUACUCCCCCCUGAUCCACAAGGGGGCGACAGAGAAGAAUCGCCAACUGGGAAGAGGAAAAAGCACAAAGGAGGAGGGGGAAAGGAGGCUAAAGGGGCAACUCCCGGUGCCAGGAAGGGGGAGAGGCAGCCCGGCAGAGGGAAGACGUGGCCGGAGAAGAGGAAGGAGCGCCGACAGAUCAAGAAGCUUCGGAGAGAAGCGAUGGCCCAGCGAGCGGGAGCGACUGGGCCAGCUCUGCUGGAGGAGGAGGAGGAGGAGGAGGAGCGACUCUUUCUCAGAGGCCCUGAAAGAAUACCAUCAGGGACAGCCACACCCCCUGUCAAAGGCAAGGCCAGCCCGGGUCUGUUUGGCUCAGGGAAAUGUGGCGAUUGGAAGAACAGGAAGUGUAGAGACAGGAAGUGCAGGGACAGGAAGUGCAGAGAAAGGAAAAGCGCCAAGGGCAGGAAGCAAGGGGCCCUGAAGCAUGAGGAUGUCUACCCGUCAGAUGAGAACUUUCUUUCUGUCAAGCGCAAAGCACGUCAUCGCAAACGGUAGUCGUUGGUUACAAGUCUGUGAACGUGUCCGUGUGCACGCUCAAUAAUAGGCAGCUAUGAGCAGUUUUGGGGCUAUUAAUUUUUAGCUAUUUUUUAAAUGGUAAUGGUAAAUGGACUGCAUUUAUAUAGCGCUUUUAUCCAAAGCGCUUUACAAUUGAUGCCUCUCAUUCUCCAGAGCAGUUAGGGGUUAGGUGUCUUGCUGAAGGACACUUCGACACACCCAGGGCGGGGUUUGAACCGGCAACCCUCCAACUGCCAGACAAUCGGUCUUACCUCCUGAGCUAUGUUGUUUAUACAUGCCUUUUUUUUUUCCUGCUCUUCAGUCCUUGACCCAGUUACAGCGCCCUCUACAGUGCUGAAUGCCACAUGGCUCCUGCCUUCUUGACUGCAGUGCUUCACCUGUGCUAUUUCAUGAGGAUUUCACAUAAUGAUGAGACUCAGCUAUUACCAAUUUAUACAUAACUUAUAUAUUUAUAUACAAUAUGUUUUGUAACUCAAUUAUGUAGAACAGUUGGAGUUCUUACAAUGCAAUAAACUAAAAGUCCAUAUUUAAA